GUUUAUUAACUACGGCAUAGGCACAAUUUUAAGUUUAGACUUAGAGGAGCUUACAUAUUUAAAUGAAACGGACACGUGGGAGAAAAACGUUUUGCAGGUACUAUUAUAACAAACAAAACACUGUUCAGAUGAGGGUAUUAAAAGUCAAGUCAAUAAUUAUAUAGAAAAUAAUAUGAUAUCGGUACAGGCACGUAUACAUUAGGGCCUAACCGAAAUAUUUUCAAACAAUAUUAUUUUUUGACAUGCAGCUAUAAUCUAUGUAAAAUACAAUUUUGAAUUUAUUUUAAAUAUUAUUUUGUUAAACUAUUCGACUAUAUUUAUUGACGUUCACGCGUUCUACACAAUACAUAUAGUUUUCAAUCCUUGUAUAGUUUAUAUACCUAUCCUUGCCGUAUCCGCCGGUGUUAUGCGCUAUUUUAUGAUUUAUUUAACAAUUUUCAUCGCAUUUAAUGUAAUAUGAUAGUUUAAAUAUUACUUGGAACAUAAUAUUAUAUUUGUGUAGCGUUAAUGCUAACGGUCAGUAUAUACUAUUAUACUAACGAUAAUAUCGACCAACGAGUAACGAGUUUAUUGUUUAAUAUAUAUAAUUUAACGAUGUUUUAGUUGUUAAAUCCGGAUCCAUUGAUUUAUACACUCAAAUAUAUGAAAAAAAAGAAACAAUAAUUUUUGUGACAACAAAAAUAUUUUGAAAAGGGUAGAACAAAGAAGAAAAAAGCGAAAUUUGCAGAGUGAAAAAUUUUAAAUUAUUUAUGGAAAUUUAAGGAAAAACAAAUACAUCUGUCAGGAGACACAAUUAACCAGGAGGGGAGGAUAUGAGACUGCGAAUCGGUGCUGAUAUGCAAAGUGUGAGGCCACUGGUCACCUCUGCAACGUUCUCGCAACCACCGGUUCCGCGGGUUGACGAGUACUUCGGAAGCGUUUGCUCGGGCGCGUCGGCAAGGCCAGACCGACCUGACCUAUUAUAAAAUUUAAAGUUCUGGCUGUAUUCUGGAGCGUUUCCUCAUGGGCGUCGCAAUUCACACACGUCACGGAUUCCGCCGAAGGAGUCGAUAAUUAAAACUGAACUUUUGGAUCGGAGAUAUGAAGACGCGCGCUGCAUUUUCCUUGACGGAGACGCACAGCUCUGACACUAGACAAUAUUAUACUCUCAAAGGGACCGCGUUUCGCCGGAAGAAUAAAUAAUUACAUCAUAAAGGUACUAGUAUUGUAUACUAGAUAAGUUUCAAUUAGCGAGAUGUAGAGAGAGAUGGAGAUGGAGCGAGAUGUAGACGGAUGAAGAUAGCUGUUUCUUCGACGACAGCGUGUGCUGCAGUACAGCUAGGUUUCACUGGAAGAGUCGAUGUUUAUGCAAAUGGUAUUCGUCAGUGAACAUUUUCAAACUGGGAAUAAUAUUAUAUCAUAAGCAGAUUGAAAUGUGUGAACGUUUCAGUGCUUCGAAGACUAAGUUUCGUAGCAGAUUUUGAUUCCGUCACGGGUGCUCCAAAAGGCGGUAAGAGACAUACAAAUAAUCACACAUCAUUAUAAAACAACAAACGAAAAAUACGACGUGGGCGCUUCAAGUAGUAUUAUACACUAUAGAGGUGGUAAGUUUAUUUAUUAUGGAUUCAAUUGUGUGUCCGUUAGAUGAGCCCCCGACUUUGUCCCAAUCGAUUCAAAAAAUCAUCCAAUUUUUGCAAGAAGACUGCAAAUUUGUAUUUAGAAUUUGUAAAUUUGUUAGGUCAGUUAUAGGUAUCCGCUAAUAACAAUCUUGUAAAAUUCGACAAAUACAAUAUAGGUACCUAAUGAUUUAAAAAUUCUAAAAACCAAUUAACAAUUUUUAUAAAAAAUUAUAUCACAUUUUCGAAUUGAUUGUCCAAGUCAGGAGUUGUGUGAAGUUAGAUCUCCGUAAUCGUUUUCAGCUUAUACAUCAAAUGGCUCAUUUGCAUAUUAAAAAAUCGAUUUGCAAUACAAUGGUGAGUUAUUAUAAGAUCCCAAGCCAUUGGACUGGGAACUAAGGAAGAUUAUUUUUAACUUUAAGUCCCACGAAUUCCCACUCGUCAUGAAUCUCAAUUGCGUUCUAUACUUCUAUCUCAUGUGUAGGAAGUGGGCUGUCCCAAAAACGGAAAAAAAUCACCCGUCGAAAAACGCAAGCAGUAUUAUAUCAGCUUAAAGACAGACCGUAUAUUAAGCUAUACUGUGACAGUAGUAGAACUACAGUUGCACUCAUCUCGUCACUAAUCAUCACGGUUAUCGCGACCGUUUGCAACGUCAUGGGGCUGCGGCUUGGUCGGUCCCGUAGAUUAAUUAUCACUGUUUAUAGUAUUUACUAUUGAUGAUCAGUCCCGCCAAAGCGUGUAAGCGACGAGCACGCGAUUCCGUUUACCGAUUUUACUAUCUAAUCUUUGCACUAUAACCAUUGAGUGUCUUCGUGUAUAUUAUAAACAACGAUAUACAUUGCAAAUGGUAGGUACUAUACAUAAUACAGUCGUUCACUCACACACCCGAUCAAAUGGAAUCAUCCGGCACGAUGGACAGAUUUUGCGGAUCGACUUUUUGGGACUGGAACUUAUCCUGGAACACCACCGAUCCGGAUGUUACACCGUGUUUUGAAAAGACCUUUCUAGUCUGGGUACCUUGCCUGUUUUUGUGGCUUUUUUCUCCACUAGAGAUCUAUUACUUGGUGAAUAGUAAAUACAGGGACAUACCAUGGAACUGGCUGAAUAUGGUGAAAGUGGCUGGUUUAUCUAUAUUAUGUAUAAUAUCAACACUCGAUUUUGUAUAUGCAAUAGUCCGAUAUUCAUCAGGGAUGGCGGUAUUUAGUGUAGAUAUCUACACACCACUUGUAAAACUAAUAACAUUUGGAUUUGUCACUGUUUUAAUCAUUGCCAAUCGAAUAAGAGGAUUAAGGUCAUCUGGGUUAAUAUUUAUGUUUUGGUUAUCCAUGGCAUCUUGUGGGAUGGUUCAAUAUCGUACGGAACUCCGAUCAGCAUUUAAUGACGUGUCAUUACAUAACUACCCACUUAUAAGUUACAUGGUGUACUACCCAAUUAUUUUAAUAGAGUUUAUUCUAAGUUUCUUUGCUGAUGCUAAACCUAGGUUAUCUGACUAUGACUCUGUCCAGGUGCCAUGCCCUGAGAUGAAAGCAUCAUUCCCAUCAAAGGUACUAUUUUCAUGGUUUGACUCGUUUGCUUGGUCUGGUUAUAAACGCUCCAUAGAAUCCAAAGAAUUAUGGAAUAUGAUGUAUGACGAUAGUUCACAAGAAGUAGUUUCGGUGUUUGAUAAACAUUGGAAAUGUUCAUUAAUUAAAGCGAAAUUACAAGAUAGUAAAAAAGUACAUUCCAUUAAAAAUAAACCUAAUGUUAGUGUAAUAGAUUCAAAAUACACACACAAAAAGCAAUACAAAAUAUCGAUUCUUCCUGUUUUAUGUAAAUCAUUCGGCAGUACAUUUUUAUUUGGUUCAUUUUUAAAAUUAAUAAGAGACUGCUUAAUUUUUGUUAGUCCUCAAGUACUCAAGCAAUUGAUAAGUUUUGUUGAAAAUCCAACCGAGCCUAUAUGGAGAGGAUAUUUUUAUAUUUUUCUCAUGACGGUGACAGCUAUGUUGCAAACAUUAAUAUUAUAUCAGUACUAUCAUCGUAUGUAUCUCGUUGGUAUGCGUGUUCGUACUUCACUUACUUCUGCCAUUUAUCGAAAGGCUUUAAGAAUUUCAAAUACUGCAAAAAAAUCAUUCACAACUGGUGAAAUAGUUAAUUUAAUGGCAGUGGAUGCAUAUAGAUUUAUUGAUCUGAUAAUGUAUUUAAAUAGUAUUUGGUCCGCACCAUUACAAAUUGCUCUUGCAGUAUACUUUUUAUGGCAGCUAUUAGGAUCAAGUGUACUUGCUGGUCUAUUUGUGAUGAUUGUAUUAAUUCCAAUAAACGCUGCUGUGGCUAAUAAAUCAAUGAAACUUCAGGUCAAACAAAUGGCAAACAAAGAUGAAAGAGUUAAAUUAAUGAAUGAAAUACUGUCCGGAAUAAAAGUCUUAAAAUUAUAUGCUUGGGAACCAAGUUUUGAACAAAAAGUAUUGGAUAUUCGAGGAAAAGAAAUUAAGAUUCUUCGCAGUGCAGCGUAUUUGAGUGCAGCUAAUUCAUUUAUUUGGGGUUGUGCACCAUUCCUGGUAUCAUUAGUAACUUUUGUAGUUUAUGUAUUAUCAGGUGAUAGCCUUAUAUUGGAUGUACAAACAGCUUUUGUUUCAUUAUCUUUAUUCAAUAUUUUACGUUUUCCAUUAACCCUCUUACCAAUGGUUGUGUCGAGCAUUGUUCAAGCUAGUGUAUCUGCAGAGAGAAUAAAUACAUUUUUGAACUCUAAAGAGUUAGAUCCAGAUUCCGUCACUCAUGAUUCUAAUGAAAAUGAUCCAAUUGUAAUUGAAAAUGGUACAUUUACUUGGGGGAAACCAACUGAAGCACCAACAUUAUCUAACAUAAAUUUACGAGUUUCAUCUGGACAAUUAGUUGCUGUGGUAGGAACUGUCGGUUCUGGAAAGAGUUCUUUAGUAUCUUCUUUACUUGGUGAAAUGGAUAAAGUUUCUGGCAGAGCUAAUACUAAAGGAUCAAUUUCAUAUGUACCACAACAAGCCUGGAUUCAAAAUAAAUCACUUAAAGAUAAUAUAUUGUUCGGUCAGCCCUUUAAUGAUAGAGCUUAUAAUAAAGUUAUCAAUGCAUGUGCAUUAAAAACUGACUUCCAAAUGCUUCCAGCAGGCGAUGACACAGAAAUUGGUGAAAAGGGAAUUAAUUUAAGUGGAGGCCAAAAACAAAGAGUAAGUUUGGCAAGAGCAGUUUAUAAAGAGAGUGACAUCUAUUUUUUGGACGAUCCGUUAAGUGCUGUUGAUUCACAUGUCGGCAAACAUAUUUUUGAACACGUUAUAGGAUCUACAGGGUUGUUGCAAAAUAAAACACGAAUUUUGGUUACUCAUGGUAUAAUUUAUCUUAAAGUAGUUGAUUUAAUUGUGGUUAUGAAAGAUGGUCAAGUAUCAGAGUCUGGCACAUAUAAAGAAUUGCUAGAUAAAAAGGGAGAUUUUGCUGAUUUUUUGUUAUUGCAUAUGCAAGAACCAAAUGAAUAUGAAGUUGAGGAAACAGAAGACGCACCUGCAGAUUUAAAAGAAAAAUAUGAUCACCAGAGAAGUGAAUCAAAUUCGAUUUCUUCAAUGCAAAGGCCAAUAUCUAUUGAUUCAAAUAAACCAAUUUUUCAAACUGCUGUUGAAGAGAAAGCCAAACUUAUUGAAUUAGAGAAAGCAGAAAUUGGCAAUGUUAAAUGGGAUGUUUUCUCUCAGUAUAUAAAGUCCAUUGGACCUAUCUUUUGCAUAACUUCAGUUUUACUAACUUUUCUAUUUCAAGGAUUUUCUAUUUCAUCGAACAUUUGGCUGACUGUAUGGUCUAAUGAUGAUAGUUCGCUUAAUCGUAAAACAGAAAAUGAUAGCAAAAAGUGUAUGCACUUAACAGUUUACGGAUUACUUGGUUUUGGUCAAGUUUUUUCGUCGAUAGCAUCAUCAAUAACUUUAUUGCUGGGCACAAUACUUGCUUCAGAAAAGUUAUACAAAUUGGUCAAUGCACGCAUUUUUAAGAAUCCUUUAAGUCUGUUUGAUACAACACCUAUUGGACGUAUAUUGAACAGAGUAUCUAAAGACAUAGAUACCAUUGAUAAUAUAUUGCCAGAGAUGAUUGAAUCAUUUAAACAUAUUCUAGUUUCGAUCAUUGGUACUUUAAUCGUUAUAAGUUAUAGUACACCCAUAUUUACAGCAGUGAUUAUUCCUAUUGCUAUAAUUUAUUGCAUAAUACAGAGAUUUUACAUUGCGACAUCGCGUCAACUGAAGAGACUCGAGUCUGUGUCUCGUACCCCGAUUUAUUCGCAUUUUAGGGAAACAGUUACAGGAGCUUCAUCGAUUCGUGCUUAUGGUGUAGAAUCCAAAUUCAUAUUUGAAUCCGAACAAAAAGUAGAUAUUAAUCAGUCAAGUUACUAUCCAAAUAUCGUGGCCAAUAGUUGGGUAGCUGUAAGGUUGGAAACUAUUGGUAAUUUUAUUAUUUUCUUCUCUGCAUUCUUUUCGGUUAUGGAAAGAGAUACGUUAAGUCCUGGUAUUGUUGGUUUGUCCAUCGGGUAUGCUCUACAGAUCACACAAUCACUCAAUUGGUUAAUUCUUAUUACUUCUGAAAUCGAAACUAAUAUUGUGUCAGUAGAACGUAUUAAAGAGUACGAGAAAACACCACAAGAAGCUGCGUGGGAAGUACCGUCAACUCAGCCACCCAGAGAAUGGCCAACUAACGGAGAAGUUCAAUUUAAGAAUCUUAAAGUUCGUUAUCGUGAAGGUUUAGAUUUAGUAUUGAAAGGUUUAGAUUUAUUAGUGGAAGGAGGCCAAAAGGUGGGCAUUGUCGGACGUACCGGAGCCGGAAAAUCGUCUUUGACUCUUAGUUUGUUCCGUAUCGUCGAAGCUGCCGAAGGAUCAAUUCUUAUCGACGGCGUUGACAUAUCUAAAAUUGGAUUGCAUACGUUACGCAAACGUCUUACAAUUAUUCCACAGGAUCCAGUAUUGUUUUCUGGUACAUUGAGAAUGAAUUUGGAUCCAACUAAUAGUAGUACGGACGCACAGCUGUGGAGUGCUCUAACACUUGCCCAUUUAAAAGCUUAUGUUGUAGGGCUGGACGGUGGUUUGGAUUAUGAAGUGUCUGAAGGAGGAGAUAAUCUAAGCGUGGGCCAAAGGCAAUUGGUGUGUUUGGCAAGAGCAUUGCUAAAGAAGACAAAAAUAUUAGUGUUGGACGAAGCGACGGCGUCAAUAGAUUUGGAAACAGACGAUCUCAUACAAACAACCAUACGAACGGAAUUCAGAGACUGCACAGUGUUGACGAUCGCUCAUCGUCUGAACACCAUUAUGGAUUCUGACAAGGUAAUUGUUUUGGACAAUGGUUUCAUGAUCGAAUACGACUCCCCUGCCAAUUUGCUUCAAGACAAAUCGUCGGUUUUCCAUUCGAUGGCAAAGGACGCAGGUCUAGCGCAAUAACUGCAAUUAUAGGACAAUGGCGCAGCACUUAGGUUUAUAUUUCAUUUACGUUAUUUUACAAAACAAUUUCUUAAUAUUUCGACGGAUAAUAAUUUAUUCAAAUGUCACACAUAAUUUUUUCGAAUUAUCGUAAAUAAUAUUUUUUUCGAACGUCGUUUGCCCUUAACCAGCACUAGGUGAGGUGUCCGGUAUAGUCGUCAAAUUCGGUCUGUGAUAGGUAUACCAAUCUCGCGUAACACGUAAGCCCGUCAUUAUUGUUUGUUUUACAAUGGUUAUAUAUUUAUAUGAUUUCGUUGUAUUUUUUCUCUGGUUCAUAAUAAUAUUGAACAGAAUAAAUUGUAUUAUAUGUGAUUGGUA